UGUCACGUGAACAUUUCGAAAUACCAUUAUCAUCCGGGGUUGUUUUUCACAAGCCUUUCGAUAUCAUGUGAUUAUUUCGAAAUACAGUUGUCAGUCGAGUUUGAUCGUAAGUGUAUGUGUUGUCUGCAAUUCGGCGAGGAACAGGGAGAUCGAUUCGGUACCUGAAUGAAGACAAUGAAGGCUUUGUUGGGUACUCUGGUGUUGACCGUUAUUGUCUCCCCCUGGCGUGCAUAUGGAUAUUCAUCCUUCCAGGCACGUAUUCCAAAUGGAGACAGAGUACGUGACCCUUGUGAUGGCGUGGCAAUCUGGCAGGGAGUGGGUCAUCAAGGAAUGGGCGGAGGAGGACCUAGGAACCCUUUCGGAUUGGAUUUCUACAACAAUGGCAUGGUAUGGAACAGCACCAUUUGUCAGAUGGACUCGGAUGGUGAUGGAACGUCAAACGGCGCAGAGCUUGGUGACCCCAACUGUGAAUGGACCCCGGGGUCAAAUCCAACCGACGAGCAAACUGGACAUCCGGGUCUAUGUGAACCAUGGAGUGAUCCGAAGUGUUUAGAAAAGAACUCGUUUCAUAAAUGUCAGACUGCUGAACUCGAGUGUGACGCCAUCAGCAAACCAGACGUUCUUGACUUCGCUGUACGAUUUCCGAAGACAAAGGUUCCGUCUGAAGAAACAACUUACAUGUGUAUGAAUUUUGCAUUUCCUGCUGACCAGGAUUAUCACGUGAUCGCUGAUAGAGGUUUAAUUGACAACAAUUUCGUCAUGCAUCAUAUUGUUACUUAUGCAUGUUCACCUGAAGUUGAACUUGACGAUUUAGUCAACCCGUUGAACACUCCCUACGUCUGUGGUAUGGCUGGAGAAGAACGGUGUCAGGAAAUCAUAUCAUUAUGGAGUGUUGGCAUACCUGGUUUUUGUCAUAACGAAAACGCUGGGUUCAAAAUAGGGCCAAACGGAUACAAAUACGCAUCAAUGCAGAUGCAUUGGAACAACCCGUUAGGGAAGGAGAACUACACAGACAGUUCUGGAAUGACUCUAUUCUACACUCCCGUAUUACGUCCAUACAACCUAGGAAAUUUAUUAAUUGGCGAAAAUCUUUUCCAAAUCCCGCCUGGAGAAACACGUUAUGUCGUGGAUUCAGAAUGCAGUUCCAUUUGCUCUGCUCAAUUUAUGAACGACACCAUUAAUGUUAUCAGCGGAAUGAACCACAUGCAUUAUAUGGGUAGACAAAUGACUACCUACCUUACACCUGCCGGUGGCGAUAUGCAGGCCAUUAUGCAUGACGAGCAGUAUAGCUACGACAACCCUAUGGUCUACACAUUUCAAACUCCGUUGCAAGUAAGACCUGGAGACGUGUUGAAGACAAGAUGCUCGUUUACUUCUUCACAUAAAGUUGUAACAACCACCAGCGGGGAAGCUACUUCACAGGAAAUGUGUUACGCAUUCUUGUUUUACUACCCAAAAGAAUCAUUUCAGUCACAACAAUGUGUUACCACUAUGGGACUGCCUCGAUGCUUAUUGGAUCACCCCACCGAGUUGAUAGACGGAUGCCAAAUGCCGUCAUUCAUCAAUAACCAAACGAUGUUUCUGCAAAUAUUUACAGAGCUCUCAGCCCGAUGUGAAGCCUUCACCUGUCGUAAAGAAUGCAAAACCUACAUCAAGGACUUGAGACAACAUGAGUGCAUGCAAGGCAGGGUAGGGGAUUAUGUCGAUCGUUUGCUUGACAUCUACGUUGGUGUGGAUCAAAUGGUCCUCUACCACUCGUGCGAUGUUGAGAUUGAACGGGAGGCUGCCGAACCGUGUACCUGUACAACACAGGCACCAGGACCGUGUGUUGAGUACACCGGAACUGCUGCUUAUCACCAGAUGUCGCUUUAUCUGCUUCUGGUAACGAUGGCUGCAAUAUAUUCAAAGUAAUACCAAACGAUUCCUCACUUUCAAUAGUACACACAUCUACAUAACAUACAUCAAUUUACAUACAGUGUAUAUAUAUAUAUAUAUACGGAAUAAGAUUGUGAUAACAAUGUACACACUUACGUCGGAAUCUAUCUUAUGUUCCUUGUUAGUUAACACCAAGAUAAAUUCAAACAUAUUGUUAAAUCGUAAACCUAAUGUGUUUACUAGAAAAGAAAAUCAUGAAUUACUUGAUUGCACUGUACUUUAGUACUGGAUAUGGUCUAAAACCAAAAAGCGUAGUUAGUAGAAUAUCGGAGCAUUCCGAUACCUAUUGGAGAUAAUUGAUUUAAGCUUGUAUCAUAUCCUUUUUUUCAAUCUUUUAUGGUGUAAAUAUGAUGUCCUCUUAUUUUCACAUGAUAUAUCAACAUGUGAGCCAAUGGUUUGUUUUACACUAGUGUAUGAUUCGUAGUGAUGCUUUUAAAGCCAUUUACUGUAUGGAUAUCAACCAUUUGAUAAGUGCACGGGACCUUUGGUUUGGUUUGUUUUUGUUUAACGUCCUAUUAACAGCCAGGGUCAUUUAAGGACGUGCCAGGUUUUGGAGGUGGAGGAAAGCCGGAGAAACCGGAGAAAAACCACCGGCCUACGGUCAGUACCUGGCAACUGCCCCACGUAGGUUUCGAACUCGCAACCCAGAGGUGGAGUGCUAGUGUUAAAGUAUCGGGACACCUUAACCACUCGGCCACCGCGGGACCUAUAACGUUUAACACUCAAUGGAUAUACAAAAAAGACAUCAAUAUAUGCUGUAGUUAUUGCAAACACUUCUACGCCAUUUCUUGAGAACUUGUGUAGCAAUAUCUAGUUGUUGAUACAGUAAAUGAGUUUAAAAAUAUCAAACUUACCGCGAGCUGGCACCUUCGUCCACCAUUUUAGGACUUUUAGUGUUCCCAUAUCUGUAAGAGGUCACGUGUUUUCACCCAAUGUGGGUUGUCAUCCAAUAUUUGUUUUUCCCGUUUGUGUGUAUUAUACUGUAGCAGUACAAAGACGUAUUAUUAAUAGCAUAGCUCCUGAUGAGUGUAUCAUAUAUGUAACAUAUUUUUUAUUUACUUUUGCAAUAAUUUAACACAUUUGUAAUGAAAACCACGCAAUACUAAUCAGAACAAUACAUUUAAAUGCUUGUCAUUGUGAAUAAAAAAAUGAGCUUAAUGUACUCUUCAGAGUUUUCCAUUACGCCUCGCUUUAAUCCCGUGAAAAGGGUUUUUAAAAUAAUUUGGAUGGUUUGGUCAACCACUGUAGCAAACACGCAUCUAAAAAUGCGUCAGAAAUAUUAUUUUUAUAUCUUUUUAUGGUACUACAUUUAAGAUUUUUGAAUCUGAAAUACUAAAAAAUAACACACAUGAUAAUGUCACAAAAUAGAAACACACAGACCUUUCAUUUUUAUGUUUGCUUUAUAAAGAGAAACUAUUUUCUUUCAAUUCGUUAAAUAUUUUAAAACGUAGUAUAGAACUUUUUACACUGAGCAUUAAAUCUGUUGGAAAAUGAACAUUUUGUCAUCGAAAACAACGGGUAAGGGUAACGUUAAUUUUUUUCCGAGUAAAAAGGUUAAAGGUUAAAUUAAUUUCCAUAAUCUAGAGGGAUUUUGUUAAGUUAUUCAACUAGAUACACAUCUUAUUUCUAAGCUUAUCAAAGGCAAAAACUAAUCGUUAAUACAAAAAAAAAUCUCCGUUUCUGUCGUUGCUAAAGCAAAAGAUCGAAAUAAAUUCUUUGAAGACUAUAUGUCAGUCUUACGGACAGCAUUGAAUCAUUUUAACUAUUUGCACAAACUGUGUCAUGCACAAUUUACUCGAGAUGUCAUCAUUUAUGGCAAUUCGCUUUAUUUUCUCAUGACCAAUAUAAGUGGGUCUCAUUCAGAUAUAUUAUUCCAAUAUCAACAAAAUGCAAGGCCUAUUUACCAUAUGCAAUGUUAAAGUUUUGUCAAAUGUGAGAAUUUUUUUGGAAAAAAAAGAGGUAUUACUUAAACAACAUAAGAACAAAGAAUUACCUUAAAUAUACAUUACUUAAACAUAUUGUAUAUCACUUUUAUUUUUAUUACUGUGUGUUUUUUAAAAGUACCUUGUUAAUGUAAGACCUCUUGUUGAUAUCCAAUCAACACUGGCACAUUGAGUUGAAUAAAAAAUCUUGAAAUCGGAUUUGGUUCUAUUAUUAUAGGCUAUAAUCGCAAGCUGUGCGAUAAGAGCGAUAGCAUAGCAUUCUAAAACUUUUAAUUUACCUGAAGGUAUUGUCUUGUUUAACAAGAGACCCUCACAUUAAUAUACAUACAAAGAUGUGAACUAGUUCGUUGGUUCACACACAUCAAAGAAGAAAAUUAAUCGCAAGAAGUUGAAAGACUAGCAACAUGUAAUGAGGCCGGUACCCUUACUAUCUUUGGACAAAGGAAUUUUAUUGUUUUGUUUCUUUCAAGUUGAUAAUAUAUGUGUUUUGUCACCGAAUACCGGGACUUUAUCUAUUAUAUACAUGUAUAGACUAAAUAAUAUUGAAAAGUGACGACCCUUAUAUAUAUAUAUCACUCGUCAUCAACAAUAUUUUGUAUAGAGAGGUUUUAUUGUUUUCAUGAAGCAUAAGCUAUGUAUUGUUAUUUUAUUCUGGUCGAUUCGAAAUCCGAAUUGACCGGAAACUUCCAUCAUUGUAAAAUGAUAGAUUUGACGAAAACCAAAGAUUAAGCAAAUGAAACGAGCCCAUCGACCUCUUGUUAAAAUACAGUAUCAGUUGAGAUUUGUGUAUAUGCAAUUGGUGUAGUUCUUAUAAACUGUAGGGCCAAAAAAACCUAUAUAUUUCCUGUUGUGUAAAAGAAGUGACAUCUUUACCUGCUACAAUGACAAUGUAUCUAUAUCCAGUUUUAUAUAAAUUUUUUGUUGCUGUAAAUAAAUGACCUUAUUCCUGUGUUAAUAAAUUUCAUCUUCUAUAUUG